AUGGCGAGUGGGUGCGACUCCGCCCGUUCCCGCCCCUCUCCCGCCAUUGGCAUUCGAGGGCUGCGGCUCCAUCGGCGGGCGGAGCUCCCCGGAAGGGCUCGGAGCGGCUCCGUCGGCGAGCGGAGCUCCUCGGGACGGGCUCGGAGCGGCUCCGUCGGCGAGCGGAGCUCUUCGGAACGGGCUCGGAGCUCCUCGGGCGGGCCCAGGCGGGCGCUGAGGGACGAGAAGGAGGAGGAGGAGGAGGAGGGGACGUGCAGGGCACACCCCCGGCAAACGCUGAACAUUUACUGCCUGCACGAGCGGCGCCUGGUGCGCGGUGUCGCCAUCGAUGAGAGCCGGGAGGCUUCGGGCCGGCUCCUGGAGGAGCUGACGGAUCCAUCCCGCUCCGAGAGGCUGCAGCAGCACAGGGCCCGGUGCCAGAGCGACACAGGGAAGCCGUGCUGCAGUUUUAAGGAAUUUGGUGAUGCCUUGGAGCAGAAACAAGCAGCUCUGCUGAGCGUUCUGGAUAAACUCGAGAGCCGCAUUUCAGAGAAAUACGAUCCCCUCACGGAGGAGGUGGAGAACCUGAAGCUGGAAGAGAAUGAGUUAAAGGAGCUGCACUCAGCGGUUCAGGAGGAGGAGUCCCCGCUGCUUUUCCCGGAGCAGCUGCGGGCUCAGCUGCGGCUCCAGGCUCUCACAGAGCAGCUCCCAGAGCCCGAGGCCGUGCAGAUGGAGCCGAGCACGGGGAAGGUGCUGCAGGACACGCCUAGAACUGAAAUCGGGCAGCUCCACCAGAGCCCCAGAGCUACGCCUGGCUGGCAAAGGCCCAAGAGCCAACAGCAGCAUCUGCACUCUGGGAUGCUUCACCUGAACCUUCCCGUGCUCAUCCUGGGCUUGCUGGUGUUGUUUUGGCACAAGGAAAUCUCAACUGGAGCCAUCCCUGCUCCUCUGAAAUUCCUGCUGCGGAUUUAUGAGGAUUCCUGCAUCCCCCUGCAGGACAAAGCACGAGAGCUGUGCUGCACUUCUGCCCUGGCCCUGGAGUUGUGCAGGAGAAUUCUCCUGACUGCUUGGGUUAGAUUGGAAACCUUGUGCAGCAGUCCAGCAUUAUUUUUAAUUUCUACUCAAAAUCUGGACUGUUAAAGCUCUACACUUGUUCUGUUCCUGUAUUCUUCUUUUUGUGCAUUGCAUGGAUUUCCUCUGGACUAAAGUUCUGAUCCACUUCAGGUGAGGAGAGGUGAGAUUUGCUUUGAUCCACAGCUGCAGAAUUUGGCCUUUGACAUCCUCCUGGAAUUCUCUGCCAAAGAUCAGGUGAAUGGCUGAGCUUCUCCUCCUGGAAUUCUUUGUAAAUGAUCAGGUGCCUUGCUGAGCUUCUCCUGUAAUUCUUGGCAGUUUUGCAUUUUAGUAAAUUACAUUGAUUCCUUAAAUUGGUGUCUGUGUCUUUGAUGCUGCCCCU